AUGGCGUGGGACCAAAACCUCAUCCUGGCCUACACCCCAUACCCGCUUAUUGCGGAAAAACUGAUUGGCGAACUCACAGUUCUCUGCUCGGUCGGACUGGGCGAGAUCCUCCACAUCCGGCGAUUGGGCACCACCAACCAAGUGAGGCCCACCACGCGGAAGCCGAGGCCGCCCGACACCCGGGCUUCACAGCCGGUGACUCCAUCUCCUGCCACCAAAUCUCCUCCAACCCCGCAUCCUGGAGCGGGGACCCCCGGUCCUUCCAAGCGAGGCCUCACUCCUCCGGGACCUCCUACCGAGAGGUCUCCAUCGAAGCAGGGCCUACCUGCCUCCUCCACAUCGCACCCGCCGCCACCCGGAGUCCAGCCUGCUGCCCAAGGGGAAAUCGCAUGGGCUGCUCGCACCCGACAAGGACCUCAGGCAAUGGAGGCGCUCGUGAACCGCUCGCCCCCACUUCCUACCUCGACACCUUCCGGGCCAGCACCGGAAGCGAUGGACAGUGCCCCCUCUGAACAAACGGACUGCACGGCACUCCUCUCUCCGAUUGAAAUGCGUCUCAGCAACCUGGAGGGCCAAAUGGCCUCCAUAGUAACCGCUAUCGAGGAUAGACUCGCUGCUGCCAUUCAAACCGUAUUCGACCGCAUCCCGUCCAUGAUAGUGGCCCAGCUGCCCCAAAUCGUUUCCAGCACCCGUUGGCCCACCACCAAGCUUAAACGGGUGAAUAAAUCUCAGAUGCAACGGCCACUACCUCAUAUGGCUGAGGCUGAUCGGCAGCCUGUCAGUUUGACUGACAUGGACAUGGACCUCUCUGCUCUACUGGAAGCCACCCAAAAUUCUAAUCCCCAAGAUGUCGGGCCGCGGCCCUAA